AUGGGCUCUCGUGGCUUUCCUGAGAAAGACCUCCCUAAACCGACUGUGCUGAAGGGGCAGGCAGCCAAAUCGACCGUGCAGACGGGGCCUGACCGACCGCAAGACCCAAGUUUCCUUCAUGGAGCCAACGCAAGUGUGGCCAGAGCCCGUCCUAGGGAUGCAACAGGACGUGUGCCCCGCACGGCUCCUGCCCUCGCUGGGGCGGGUUCCCGGGGCCGGGCGGGGCGGGUGGGCGGCUCGGCCCCGCCGGGACCCGGGCCCGGCCCCGGGCGGGCUCCGCGGGCGCUGCGGCGGCUGAGGCGGGCGGAUGGCGGCGGAGCGGGGAGCGGGGCUGCGCAUCUUCCGCGAUGUGAGUACGGCACGGAAGGCAUCCUUCGCUCGGGGCACCUGCGAGUGUUCGACCAUACAAAAGAAAAAAUUGACUCUCUUCUUUCUGUCUCUCUUUUUGUUUAGAUAUUAAGAAGAUCAGACAAGAAUGAUGAUGGAAAACUGUCCUUUGAUGAAUUCAAAGCUUAUUUUGCUGAUGGAGUUCUGAGUGGAGAAGAGCUGCAUGAGCUUUUUCGCACCAUUGAUACACACAAUACUGACAAUCUUGACACAGAAGAGCUCUGUGAUUAUUUUUCAAAGCACUUAGGAGAGUAUGAAAAUGUCUUAUGUGUCCUGGAAGACUUGAACAUGACCAUUCUGAAGGCAAUGGACAAAACAAAGAAAGACUAUCAGGAAGCUUCCAGUUUGGAGCAGUUUGUGACUCGCUUUCUUUUGAAGGAGACACUGAGCCAGCUGCUGCAGUCCCUCCAGAGCUCCCUGGAGUGUGCCAUGGAAAGCACGGAGGAGCAGAGCUGGCAGGAGAGAAAAGAUCCAACAAAACCAGAAGUGCUCUCAGUUCAGUGGCCAGGAAAACGCUUAGCUCGAAGGCUUCAGAGGAACAGCAGCCUGUCAUCAAAUAACCCUUAUUCUAGCACAGGUUGGAUUGAGGAAGACAGCCAAUGGGUGAUCCAGAUAAACAGACUCCAGAAGCUAAUUGAUAGACUGGAAAAGAAGGACCUAAAGCUUGAGCCACUUGAAGAGGAAGUUUUGGAAGAAAAUGCAAGAUCUCACAUAAUGAUCGUUCAGCACCAAAUGUCUGUGAAAGAAGAGAAAGUGGAGGAAUUCCAUCUUGCUCUGAAGCAGUACCUGGAAUCUGCUUCUGCUCAAGGUGGCUGCUUGCAUGUUUCCAUACAGAAGCUUCCAAGUAAUUUCCACUUCAUUGUUUAUGAGUUCUGGGAAAACAGCAAUGCCUGGAAUAGCCACCUUCAAAUGAACUACAGCAAAGCAUUCCAGAGAAGUAAUGUGGAUUUCUUGGAAACUCCAGAGCUCAUCACAACAAUGCUAGUCCCUGCAUCGUGGUGGGUCCUCAAUAACAACUAGAAGCUGUGGUUCCAAGUAAUGUUAAUGUUGUAUUGUCUUUCAUUACACUAACAUUCAUAUUGCAGUGUACAGGUGAAAUUAUGAUAACAUUUGUUAUUAUGGAUGGGAUCUUUUCCACUCUAUCCAUUCUAAAAUCUGUAAAACUGUGCAUUUAUUACCUUUUCUUCUUGUGACUAGUUCAGUGAAAUGAUGCAGUCUAAAAACUGAAAUAAGACAACUAUGAUAGACUGUUUAUUUUCUGUGACAGUCCAAACUGUCACAGAAAAGUAUGUCUUGAAUGCAUGACUAAACUUUUCACUAUUGUGAAAAGUUUUAGUACUGCAUUAGUAAACAGCCAUUAUUUACUGCUGCUGUGGUCUCCUUAAAAAAAAAAAAAAAAAAAAAUAUGUAGGAACCUGAACACAUAUUUUCAUACAUGUCUGCAGAGAAGCUGUAAGUCAUUAAUGAAAAGAAUAAACAUAGGGAGAACUUUGUGCUAAUACAGAACUUCCCCCAGGAUAUUUUCUGCUCACCACAAGACAAGGCAGCACUAUCUUCUCUUAACAGAUUCUUAGCCCUUGCCCUCCCAAGAGGAAACAUAUCUGCCUAUGUCUUGUCACUGUAGAUUCGCAGACUGAACACUGCACAACCUCUACAUCCUGACCACUCA